CCCGGAAGUAGUCGCUCCAAACAAGAGCUGCUCCAGUUUCCGACACGUCGAGGAAUUACGGCGUUUUCGUGACAUUUGAAUGUUAUUUUUCUUUAAAAAAGGCGCUUUAUUAGAUGUUUGCAAUGAAAGCGGGUGGGAUCGGGUCGUGGUUUAUCUGUUGAUGCGCGGAGCCGCGUGGCAGAGCAGCGGCUAGUUAGCUUAGCUCGGACCGGUGAGGGUUCUGGUUAAACCUGAGCGGUUCUGGUUCUGGUUCUGGCUCGAUCAUGGAGGACUUCAGCUCCAUCAGCCUGCUCUCUCUGGCCAUGCUGGUCGGCUGCUACGUGGCGGGGACGAUCCCGCUGGCCGUCAACUUCUCCGAGGAGAAGCUGAAGCUGAUCACGGUGCUGGGAGCCGGGCUGCUCUGCGGGACGGCCCUCGCCGUCAUCAUCCCCGAGGGCGUCCACGCUCUGUACGAGGAAGUUCUCGAAGGUGCGCACCAACACCAGCAUGCCCAGGUGGGGGCAGUCGAGGCCUCUCAGGCGAAGGAAGCAGAUGCGGCGGUCGGCACCACCAACCACGAACACGGCCACGAGCAGCUCCACGCCUGCAUCGGCGUCUCCCUGGUCCUGGGCUUCGUCUUCAUGCUGCUGGUGGACCAGAUCGGCUCGUCCCACGUCCACAACACCGAAGAUCCAGAGUCGGCCAGAGUGGCCUCCUCAAAGAUCACCACCACCCUGGGCCUGGUGGUUCACGCCGCCGCUGACGGCGUGGCGCUGGGAGCUGCUGCUUCCACCUCUCAGACCAGCGUCCAGCUCAUCGUCUUCGUCGCCAUCAUGCUGCACAAGGCCCCGGCAGCCUUCGGCCUCGUGUCCUUCCUGAUGCACGCCGGCCUGGAGAGGAACCGCAUCCGGAAACACCUGCUGGUCUUCGCCCUGGCGGCGCCGGUCCUGGCCAUGCUCACCUUCCUGGGCCUCAGCCAGAGCAGUAAGGAGGCUCUGUCCGACAUCAACGCCACCGGCGUGGCCAUGCUCUUCUCCGCCGGCACCUUCCUGUACGUCGCCACCGUCCACGUCCUGCCCGAGGUGGGCGGCGGCCACAGCCACGCCCCCCCCGGGGCCAACGGGGGCCCCGGGGCCAAAGGACUGAGCAAGGUGGAGGUGGGGGCGCUGGUGCUGGGCUGCCUCAUCCCGCUGGUGCUGUCCGUGGGCCACCAGCACUAGAGCAUCAUGGGAGAUCGGACCUUACCAGUGUCUUAUCUCCUCAGCAGCUUCGUCAGACUUGAGGAUGAACUUGAACCGGGGAGCGAGUGGACGACGACGUCCGCCGGACGUCCUCUCUAAGGGAAACUUGGACCUUUUCUUUUUCUAAAGCUCCGUUUGUUGACAUCAAUGUGGAGUUUUCGGUGUUGCGUUGUCAUGUUUGUCCGGAGUCCGAGAACCAGCCCAGAUUUUAUCGGUUAUCUUUGUGCGGAAGGCGGUCGAGCGGCGAGGGUUCGACCUGCGGGAGCCGCGUAAAUCUCUUUUUAAGUAACUGUACAGUGUAAAUCUCUUUGCAAGAAUACAGAUUUAUUCAAAAAACAAAAAAAAAACGUUCAAGUGCCAUAUUAGUGGGCGUGGAACCGCGGGGAGCUCGCAGUUUGCACAAGACCCCGCCUCUCUCCGACAGCUUCAGCUCGGCUCGCCGGGUCGGAGGAUUGAGCGCCGCUGGAAACAUCUGUUGUGGGAAGCCCCGCCCCCCACUGUUUCCUCAUGGGAAGCCCCGCCCCCCGCUGUUUCCUCGUGGGAAGCCCCGCCCCCGGACCGCCCCCGACGCAUCGCAGCGUCGCCGCUCUUCCUUCUGGGACAAAUUCUUUCUGCUCUUUUACCUGUGAUGUAAAAAUGGACCUCGGUAACCGAGAUCUGUACAUACUUUCCUGUGAUUGUAGAGUCUUAAAGGGAGUUUUUUCGGUGAUUCUCAGUGAAAGAUUUGCCUUACAGAGGGGCAUUAAAGCCACGCCGUGCAGCAGUACCACCUCCGACCACGAGGGGGUGACGUUUUCACCAGAAGUUCAGCAGAUCCAGCGCUGCCCCCGUGUGGCCGGAGGCGGCAUCGCUCCACGGACGGAGAACCUUUAGGGACCACCGGCUCAGGAGAACAGACGUGUUGUUGUACGACGGUUUUAUAUUGAUUAACACAACGAAGGGCAAUAAUCAUGCAGUCAAAGGUUGGAAGGUAACGAAUCUGUCGGAUGUUCUCAAACUCGGUCCCAUUAAAGCAGACGUUGGUCAACA